CGCGUAACGUUUUCCCCGGCGGUGGCGAAAAAAGCAGCGCGAUAAAAAUAUACGAAACUGCGCCGUAUCUUCUGCCCGCGAGGAUCCCGCUGCGCGGACACCUACCGUGUAGAAAUACCGUGACGCGUCGCGUGUUCCGACCAUUCCGACGGUGCGAAUCGCGCUUGACCAGCGCAGUCGGCCUACGUUUAGAAGGCAGCCAUCUUGCAAUCCCUAAUCAAAGAUCCACAGCAAGCGGGGUAUCGCUGUCUGGUUUUUGCGGCCAGUUAAUAUCAACACACAGUUCAUCAAAUGGCUUUAAAGCGAAUUAAUAAGGAACUUCAGGACCUUGGUAGAGAUCCGCCAGCACAAUGCUCGGCUGGACCUGUAGGAGAUGACUUAUUCCACUGGCAGGCAACAAUCAUGGGACCACCUGACAGUCCGUAUCAAGGAGGGGUAUUUUUCCUAACAAUACACUUUCCAACAGAUUAUCCUUUUAAACCACCUAAGGUGGCAUUCACGACUAGAAUUUAUCAUCCCAAUAUCAACAGUAAUGGAAGUAUUUGUUUGGAUAUUUUACGAUCUCAGUGGUCUCCCGCACUCACUAUAUCAAAGGUGUUAUUAUCAAUAUGCUCCCUGCUGUGCGAUCCAAAUCCAGAUGACCCACUGGUACCAGAGAUAGCCAGGAUAUACAAAACCGACAGGGAGAAGUAUAAUGAAUUGGCACGUGAAUGGACGCGCAAGUAUGCCAUGUGAUGCGCCAAUCUUCAUUGACUUCAACAUCCAAACACCACCAAGAAACAGCCCCAGCCUAUUGCCACUUACGCAUCAGCACCGAUUGAAAUUAGCUAUGGCUCGUAUACUUUUAAACUUAAGCAGUAUUCGGGCCCGAGGAAUCCUCAGGCAAACGUGAUCAAUCUGAACUUCUCGCGGUUCGUCAAGUCCGCGGAAAACGUUGCCACAAUGGCAAUUGAGGCAAUUUUGAAGGUGGUCAUCCAGCAUUAUAUAUACUGAAUCAGACAACACAUGUCCGCUUUGUUUUUCAUAAAUAAAAAAAUGGAAGUAACAUAAUAGGAGAGUGAAAGUAGGAUUUGUAUUUGAAUCUAAUAGAUUGGUUUCUAAUUAUUGUGCUUAUGAUAAUUGUAACAUUACGAUACCUACUUUCUCAGUGAAACUAAAAACUUUGAACUGACAGCACAUCGAUUGUUAGUUUUAACGCAAGUGAGCAAUGUUUGCCCGUCCCGAUGUGGUCACUCUUUUGUAAGACUGGGCUAUAUAUAUAUAUAUAAAUAUUACUGAAACUGUA